UUUUUACGAAGCUCCGAAGUCGUAAUAUCUCUCGCGACACUCACUCACUUUUUUACACACACACACACACACACACACAGUCACAUAUAGUUAUAUAUACAUAUAUAUACACACACAUAGAUAGAUAUAGACAUAGAUUUAUAUAUAUAUAUAUAUAUAUAUAUAUAAACUACACAUAUAUUUAUAUACAUAUAUUUAUAUAUUUAUACGCACUUUUGCCAUUUUACAUGGACAUGUAUAUAUAUAUAUGUAAAUCUAUUUCUAUCUAUACAUAGCAAACUAUAUAUAUAUAUGUAUAUAUAUAGUUAACAAAAGAGAGAAACAAAGAAAAGUUAUAUACGUUUAUAUAAUUAUUUUUCUUUUGGUCUUACCGAAUAUUUCGCUAUUGGAUUUUAAUACAUGCAAAGCGACGACUGAUUGUUGUAUAUUUAAAAAGAAGAAAAGAUAUAUAUACAUAAAGGACCCGAUCUUUGUAAAUUAAUUUUUAUAAUUAUUAUCAUUAUUUAUAUACCAGAAAAAUCACAUCUGUGUGGCGGCCUUUCUGGCGGUGAUCACUACCAUCCUUGAAACCAUUCGUUCUCUCGUAUUCGUGCUGUUAUUUUUAACACACAUUCACCCAUCUACACCAUCCAUCCACCUGGAUAUACAUACAUAUCUAUUGAAAACAAAACCGAAAAAAAAGUCUUUCAUGAAAUAACACGGAACAACAACAUCAAGCAUAACAACUUUACAGAAAAGAAGGAGACAAAGAAACCGGACUUGCUAAAGACUGCAUACAAAAGUAGAAGAUCAUGGCCAACGGUACUAUACAACAGAAGGACACUACCUUUACCAAAAUAUUUGUCGGAGGUCUUCCAUAUCACACGUCGGACAAAUCACUGCGGGAGUUUUUCGAUCAGUUUGGAGAGAUAGAAGAAGCGGUUGUCAUUACGGAUAGACAGACGGGGAAAAGUCGCGGCUAUGGAUUCGUAACGAUGGCAACUAAGGAGUCAGCGGAACGAGCUUGCAAGGACCCUAAUCCUAUUAUAGACGGCAGAAAAGCCAACGUAAAUCUGGCUUAUUUAGGGGCUAAACCAAGAGGAAUACAGACAGCUUUUCCAUUUGCAAUCAAAGGAUUCCCUAGUGUCUUGCCGUCACAGUAUGGGGCCUACACAAUUGAAUACAUGACACCGAUCUCGAAAGAAAAAGAUGGCGAUGCUUCCAGGUAUCCAUCAUACAUAUAUCCAACGACAGCCGGUGCCGCAGCUGCUACCUACAUGACAGCACCGAGUGUAAUCUUGCCUCAUUCGUCCUUGUCGCCAACAACAGCCGGACAAUAUGUAGAGUAUGCAUCACCGCCCUACACAGGACAGUUUCCGAAUGGAUACGAAGCGUACCCUUACUCUACGGCCACAAACGGCUACGUCACGCCCGCGGCCUAUACAUACGCUGUCCCACAGGCAAUAGCAGCCGGGGCUGGACAUUAUCCACACUUCCAGGCACAACAAAUCCAGGAAAGAUUGUAAAAAAAUACACAAACAAAAUUAAUAAAAAAAAAAAUUCACAAAAAUAUAAAUAUAAAAAUUUUUUCAAGAUGGUUCAAAAACAAUUAAAAUUACAACAUAAAACAUGAAAAAUAGGAGGAGAA